GACUUUGACGUUUCUUGUUUUUUUAGUUUGACAACUCUAUAAAUAAUUUAAUGAAUACUUUUACUUAAAUUUGGAUUUUUAGAAUAGAGAAGGUCGUAAUUUUGAGCAAUGCACAAUAUAAACGCAGAGGGCCAUUUCGGUAGCGUAAAUGGAGCCAGUAACGCCGAAAAAGUUUGCAUCCUAGAUGCCGGGGCGCAAUAUGGAAAAGUUAUCGACAGAAAAGUCAGAGAAUUGUGCAUUGAAUCUCAAAUUAUACCUUUAGAUACGCCCGCUUUCAACAUCAAAGAAGCGGGCUACAAAGCCAUUAUUAUAUCCGGGGGGCCGAGCUCAGUCUAUGCCGAAGAUGCCCCCCGAUACGAUGCUGAUAUCUUCAGAAUAGGUCUACCUGUUUUAGGAAUUUGUUAUGGAAUGCAGAUGAUGAACAAGGAAUUUGGGGGUAGCGUGAUAAGGAAAGAAACUAGGGAGGAUGGAGUUUUCACGAUUGAAAUCGACCCUAAAUGUUUAUUGUUCAAGGGUUUGGAUAAAAUGCAAUCGGUCCUUCUAACGCACGGCGAUUCCAUAGAAAAAAUAGCUGAAAAUUUCAAACCGAUAGCUCAAAGCGCCUCAUUUUGCGCCGGCAUUUGCAACGAGAAAUUGCACUUGUACGGCGUCCAAUUCCAUCCCGAAGUAGAUCUAUCUGUUAACGGUAAAACCAUGUUAAAAAAUUUCCUGUUCGACGUAGCCGGUCUAACCGGAAACUAUACCAUGGACGGUCGAGAAAACGACUGUCUAAAAUACAUUAAAGAUACUGUAGGAAACAACAAAGUUUUAUUACUGCUUAGCGGAGGUGUGGAUAGUACAGUAUGCGCAGCAUUACUCCACAAAGCUUUAACCCGCGAUCAAAUCAUAGCCAUACACAUAGACAACGGCUUUAUGCGGAAAAACGAAAGCACUAAAGUGUACAAUUCCCUUCUGAAAAUCGGGCUCGACGUGAAAGUGAUCAGGGCCGCAUCGACCUUCAUGGAGGGCACCACGAUCGUGCCCGUUGACAAGCCGGAAACGAAUCGAACGAUGGUAACGAAGAUGCUGUGCAACACCUCGAAUCCCGAAGAGAAGCGCAAAAUCAUCGGCGACAUAUUCGUGAAGAUCGCCGACGAGAUCGUCGCCGAUCUCAAUCUCAAAGCCGAAGAGGUGUACUUGGCUCAGGGCACGCUCCGGCCGGAUCUCAUCGAAUCCGCCUCGAAGUUGGUCUCGUCCAAAGCCGAUACAAUCAAAACGCAUCACAACGAUUCAGAACUCAUUAGGAAACUUAGGAACGAAGGUAGGGUCGUAGAGCCCCUGAAAGACUUCCACAAGGACGAGGUGCGAGCAAUAGGCCGGGAUUUGGGCCUGCCGCCGGAGAUCGUGAUGAGGCAUCCGUUUCCGGGGCCCGGCUUGGCGAUCAGGGUGUUGUGCGCCGAGGAGCCCUACAUGGAAAACGACUUUUCCGAAACUCAAGUGUUAGUGAAAAUUAUAGUGGAAUUUCAUCAAAUGUUGCAAAAGAAACACGCGCUAUUGAAUAGAGUCGAAGGGUUCAUUAGCGACGACGAAAGUGACGCCCUUCGGCAGAUAUCUAGCAAACAAAAAUUAGCGGCAACGCUGUUGCCGAUACGCAGCGUGGGGGUGCAGGGCGACUGCCGGACGUACAGCUACGUGGUGGGCAUAUCGUCGGAGAAGGACCCCGAUUGGAACGAUCUCUCUUUCCUGGCCAAUCUCAUACCGAGAAUAUGCCGCAACGUCAACAGGGUGUGCUACAUAUUCGGCGGUAUCGUCAAGGAACCGUUACCGGACGUGACGCAUACGUAUCUGACCGGUAACGCGUUGAGUACGUUGCGACAGUGCGACGAUAUAGCUACGUCGAUAUUACAUAGCACCGGACACGCAAGUUCUAUUAGUCAAAUGCCUGUUGUUCUUAUACCGUUACAUUUUGAUAGAGAUCAAGCAUUACGGAUUCCCUCGUGUCAGAGGUCGAUUGUUUUGCGGCCGUUUUGUACGCAAGAUUUCAUGACCGGAACACCUGCUUUGCCUGGAAAACAAUUACCUAUAGACGUGGUUGUAAAAAUGGUCCAAGAAGUUGUUCAAAUACCUGGAAUUUCCAGAGUAUUGUACGAUUUAACACCGAAACCUCCAGGAACGACCGAAUGGGAAUGACACGCACUAAUUGUAAUUAUUUUUUGUGAACUAAUAAUAUAAGUUGUUAAGACAAAUUGUUUUUGCCGAAUUAUUUUUCGUUAUAUUCGACUAUUUUCUUUUUUGGUUUAUUAAACCAGUUAAAUAUCAUUUGUAUUUGGUUUUAAUUUUUGAUUUACGGGUCAUUCGGUCGUAAUGAAAGGACAGGAAGAUAAGGUCAUCAGAAGAAUAACAUGGGGCUCCUAAUAACCCUUCAAACCUUAUGUUAGGUUCUGUCGCUACAUACAAAAACCCAAUAUUCAUAAAAACCACCAAUUUUUUUAUUACAAUUUUU